AAUAUCUAGCACAUAGUAAAAAAAAUGGCUAGACUUGUGAAGAAACAGGGGAAAGCCACCUAUAUCCACCAAAAGCAGUUAGUAGGAACUGACAGGGAGAUAUCCCCAGUGCUAGAUUCAAAAUACAAAGCCACAUCUGCAGCUGUUAGGAAAAAGUUUAAGGUCUUGGAAGAAAUGAGAGAUUUGAUGAUUGAAGACAUAAGAAAAAGCCUUAAAAAUGACCUAAGGGAAAUGUUAGGUAAUGAAGUACCUGAUCACAAAAGUUCAAAGAAUGCUACUAGCAGGACAGAGUAUCAAGUAAAAGCUUUAACUUCACAGAAAAAAGAAUUAGUGGAGGAAACAGAAGAUGAAAACUCUGAAAGUGAUGAUGAUACAGAAGACUUAACAUUUCAAAGAAAGAAAGCUAAUGUGUUGGACAGAGCUAAAAAGUACAAUCGUGAACAAGGUGAGAAGCUAUCACACCAUCUCAAAGCCACUGAAUGUGUGGAAGAAGUCUUAUGUAGUAAGGAUAAAGGGCAUAGAAAUCUCAGCAUGUAUACAGAAGUCACACCAGGAGGGAAUAGGAAGAAUGAAAAAGACAAAGUGGUCAAACAGUUGGAAGAAGACAAAAAUCUUCAAAAGUUAGGGACUAAGGAGAAAGCGCUAAUGGCCUCCGAAGAAGAAAUGUUGACCCAGGAGGGCGCUGUGCUUACCCUGGCUGCUGACUUUUCAUCUGCAACACUGGACAUUAGUAAGCAAUGGGCUCGCGUCUUUGACAUCCUGAGAGAAAAUGACUUUGAGCCCAAACUUGAGUGUAGGGUUGAACUGGCCUUUAAAUGUGAUGGUGAAAUCCAGAGAUUUUCAGACCUUCAGACCCUCAGGAAAUUUGCCAGCCAGAAUUUGUUCGUGAAGGGAUUGCUGAAAGAUGUACUGCCACAAAAUCAAAAAGGGAAAAGAGAGGGGAUUCAAGAAAAAAUGGGUAAAACAGACUCAAAGCAUGAGGCUGGAGGAACAGCAAGUGAUGGCUUGAGCUUCCUGUUUGUCAAAGAGGUGAAAGUUGCUAGGUCAAAGGUGAAGAAUGUAGGGACACAAAAGUCUUCACAAACCUCCAGGUUGGAGCAAGAGGAAGGAGAGGAAACCUCUGAGACAGAAGAGGAGGGAGAAGAGAUUUCAUGGACAGAGGAGGAGGAAGAAUCCUCGGAGACAGAAGAGGAAGAAGCCUCAGAGAUAGAGGAAGAAGAGUUCGGAGAAGAAACCUCAGGACAGGAGGAAAGAGAAGAGGCCUCAGAAAUGGAGGAGGGGGAAGAGACAGAAGAGGCCUCUAUAUUAAGAGAGGAACAGGGUUCUACCUUUCAGAGUCUUUCUGUGGUAAACACAAAGCUUGGAACUGAGAAAAUGGCCAGGGAUGGCUUGGAGAUUAGUCUUGUUGACUUGGUAAUGGAUCACCAGAUGGAGGAGGAAGAGGAAGUAGGGAAAGUGAAAACUACCUCCUGGCCCAAGAAAAAAGAGAACUUUUAUGGACUUAAAGAAAUUGCUUUUAGUUAUUUGGUUUGGGAUGCAGAGAAGAAAAAGUUGGUGAAGUGCCGAGAGCCACUAGAAGUAAGUAGUGGUGAUACUGAACAGCAUUCACAGACAGACUUGAGUGCUGCACCAGGAAUCCUUUCCUUUCCAAGGGAAACAAGGGAAGAGAGACACAAGACCUUCCAAAUAGAACGCCUGGCAUCUAGAGACGCCAACUUAAUCCAGGAAACAGAAGAAAACUUCAGAAGAAGUGUCAUCGGUAUGUGUAGGGAGGUACAAGAGAAGGUUGAAAACAUAAACAGUGGUCAUCCAGAUGUCUUGGAAAUUAAAAACUCAAUAGAUGAUCUCUAUAACCUGUUCGGCUUGUUUGAAACUAAAAUACACAAUCUAGAAGAUGAAGUGGAGGAGUUGUCCAAGAAUGCAACGCAAAUGGCUAAGCACAUAAUCAGCAAAGAAAGGGUAAGGGAUAGAGAGGACAGAUUCAGAAGUUCCAACAUCCGGUUGAUAGGAAUCCCAGAAAAAGAUACCCAGGAGAAUGAAGCAGAAGACAUAAUAAAGGAAGUUAUUGAAGAAAACUUUCCAGAAAUGAAGGAUUUCGGUCUUGAGAUUGUCAGUGCUAACCGAGUACCGAGUUCAGUUGAUGAAAGGAGACCUACUCCUAGGCACAUCUUGGUGAAGCUGCAGAAUUCCAAUGAUAAACAUAGAAUUAUAAGGGCUUCCAGAGAGAGGAAAGAAGUAACCUAUCGAGGAACAAGAAUCCGGUUGACAGCAGACUUGUCUGUGGGUACCUUAGAUGCUAGAAGUCAGUGGACCAAUAUCAUUAAAGUUCUGCAAGAGGAAGGCUUUGAACCUAGAAUUCGGUAUCCAGCCAAAUUGGUAUUUGAUUUUGAGGUUUACCUGGCAACUCAGCCCCUGCUUCCCAACAGAAUUACCCUCCAUAUUGGAAAUGCCAUCAAGUUUUCUGACCUGGGCCAGACAUGUCGGCACCUCUCCCAACUACAGGCUGUGUGUACCUGA